AUAUUAAUGUCAAACACCGCCUCUUUAGCCUUUAGCUGCUCGGCUAACCGCCGGUCAUCAAUAUGACGCUCAUAUUCUGUUAUUAAACAGAAAUUAAGAAACAAGUAGGGCUGAAUGGGAUAUACGGCAGGUCUUUACCUGGAGCUCGCUGUUUUGAGACACAGCCUCAUUGAAACGAAUAAGACACAUUUGUCUUGUUCCUCCAGCCACAUGAACCAAGAUGCCUCAGAGCAUCCUCAAGAGCACUCAUUACAUUGAGCUGAGCAGCUUUCAGUACUGGCCUGUGCUCGUGGCCAGAGGGAUCCGAUUAUACACCUUUGAACAGAUCCCAGUGUUUCUGAAGGAGAAUCCCUACAUCACAGAUGGAUACAGAGCACACCUGCCAUCCAAACUGUGCCUCAAAAGCAUAUUUAUUCUGUCCAAUGAGACGGUGAACAUCUGGAGUCAUCUGCUUGGGUUCCUGCUGUUCUUCUCGCUGGGAGUGAAUAACAUGGCCACAGUCCUGCCGUCUGCAGGGGCGUCACGAGAGGACUACGUCAUUUAUUCAAUAGGACUUUUUUGUUUUCAGGUUUGCAUGCUGUGCUCUGUGGGCUAUCACUUGUUCUGUUGUCAUCGCUCGGAGAAGACAUGUCGCCGCUGGCUUGCUCUGGACUAUGCUGGAAUAUCCGUAGGGAUUUUGGGAUGUUAUGUUCCUGGAGUCUUCUAUGCCUUCUACUGCAACAGUUUUUGGAGGCAGGUGUACCUGCUGACGGUGCUGGCUCUCAUCCUGGCUGUGUUUGCAGCUCAGAUCCAUCCGCUCUACCUCACACAGAAAUGGAAGAAAUUGCGCUCUGUUAUGUUCUGCUCAGUGGCCGGAUACGGCAUCAUCCCAGCCUGCCACUGGGUCUGGCUCAACGGAGGAUUUGACUCUGAAAUCGUAAAGGUGUUUUUUCCUCGAGUCAUGAUCAUGUAUUUGAUUGCAGCCUCAGCAUUUCUUUUCUACGUCAGUAAAAUCCCAGAACGGUACUUUCCAGGCCAGUUGAACUAUCUUGGAGCCAGUCACCAGCUCUGGCACGUGCUGGUGGUGGUCAUGUUCUACUGGUGGCACCAGACCGCUGUCUACAUCAUGAAGUUCAGACACAAUCAGCCCUGCACAGACUACAGCAUUCACGGUUAAACACCGUUAUACAAUCACCUGAGCCAUUUAUGUUCAACAAAUUCAUUUGGUUUUUGUUUGGCAUUAUUUUAAGUUGUGCUAAUAGAAUCAAUGAAACUUCUCCUCUCAUUUGCCUUUGAACGCAGUACUGUAGGGUUACGUGCAAUGAAAAUCACAUUUUGUGCAAUCAGUUGAGUUCCUCUGGUUAAUGAUCCAUACAUUCUCUGCUGGAUAUCAAGUGUCUUUGUCUGUUACUUCAUGUAUUUUGUGUUCUAUUGAGCCUUUUCCCCAUGGUAUCAUUGGGGCUGUGAAACUAUACAUACUUGAUAAUACGUUGCCUAACUUUUCUGGAAUGUCCUUCAUUUAAAUGCUCUUAACUAUCACAGUUCUGAGACUGAUGAAUUCUAUGGUGAAGGGUAAUUCUCUUUUUUUUUUAUAUGGUUUGGUAAAGCGAGUUGUUUUGAUGUAUUAAACGCUUUUAAGUUCAUGUAUAAAGCAGCACUGGAAAUGGGCAUUUAAAUGAUUAAGAAAGCAUUACUUAAGUCAUUUUUUGUGAGCAAUAGGUCAAAAUCACAAUACUUGCACUGAACUGAUUAUGAACCUGUUAUGAACAUAUAUCAAGGCUGUCGCUAGCCUAUGAAACCUUUUGCAUGACUUUCUCCAUUUCAUCCUUUAUAAACGUUUGUUGGCUGUUUAAUUUUCUUUAAUUGAUAUAAUGUAAACCUCCUGUCUGAAUGAAUAUAUAUCUGAAUUGUGGAACUGAAUAAAAAAAUGUUUUUUGUA